CGACGCCUCUCCACGCACCUGCUUGUGCAACCUGGCCGGCAAGUCGCGUCUUGACAGUUGUUAAACCGGUCAAACUGCCCUUCUCAGCCGCCGUACCUGUCCCCUGCUCUGCUCCCCUCAUUGCUCGCUCUCAUAGCCGCUCGACGCCGCUGCCGCCUCGCCAUGCCGUCACCCACCCUGUUGUUCGCCUCGUUUGGCUCGCCUUGGGCUGGAACGGGGCGGCUGCAUCAUGCCUGUCUUUCCGUACGAGGCAUUUCUGGCCACGCGGUGUCGUCUCAGCCAAAGUUCCUAUCAUUACUUAGUCUCCGACUCUGCUCUAUGCUGCCACGCAAGCAACCACCAAUCUACACAACUCGUCCAUUGAUCUCACGCUCUGCUCUUUUGCAGUCAUCCCAUUCAUCACUCAUACCACUUAUAUCUUAGCUCCCUGCCACUUUUAUCACAAUGGCCAAGUCCAAGAGGUCUGGCAAGAAAGCUGCACGCCAAUUCGAGCCCACCCCUCCCACGAGUCCUCGUGUCAAGCCAGACGGCCAAUCAUCGCUCAGCCCCAUCCCCUCCUCGCCGGCCCUGUCUGCCCAGCAAACGCGGCAACCAAGCCCCUCCCCCUCAGACAAAGGCUCUGUCACAUCUCCACAGCAGCCCACUGUUGAAGAUUACCAGAGCGACACUGAGAAGCUCACUUCCGACCUGUUGGAAGCCCAAGCCAAGGACUCUGUGGAAAAGGAACUCGAAACAACCACAGUUGACGAUCAGAGUGCAUGUUGCCAACCAGCAGAAAGCACUGAAACCACCCCUGACGCUACUGAAAAAGAAGGCACCAGUGAGCCUACCACAACUACGGAGGGCCCAGUAGUUAUAUUGGAAGACAGUGCGGACAGAGGCGCUGCAGAGAAGAUUGCCGACACAGGCGACACUCCAGAUACGUCUGCAGUCCAAGACUCUCAGGCAAGCGGCAUCACUCAACCAGACGAACCUGAUCAGGUUUCGGCGGACCAAGCAGUGGACGACCAGCCUUCUGCAGAGCAACCUACAGUGGAGCAACCUUCAGCUGACAGCCCUACGGGAGAGGAACCUGCCAUUGGAGAUUCGACUGCUGAGGAACAUUCAAAGGAAACCGCAGAAGAGCCCACAGAGAAGAUUGCUGAGGCGCCUAUAGGGGAGCUCGCAAAGGAGAUCGCAAAAGAGCUCGCAGGUGAUCCUGCAGAGGAGUCCAAAAAAGAGCCGAUAAAGGAACCCACCGAAGAGCUCACAGAGCCAGCGGGACAGCCAGCUACCGAACAAACCGCAGUGGAGCAACCUCCAAUUGAACAAACCCCAAUUGGGAAACCUGCAACUGCUCCGCCUAAUACCACACCAACGCCAAAAACAGCGACGGCUGCAUUUGCAACGGCGAGAAACUCGCCAUCACUUUCCCACAUGGGGUUCCGAACCGAGACACCGACGCCGAGGUCUCCCAUUGUGCCGUCUUAUCCACAAACGAGGAAUCCCUAUUACCCUCCUUCAAUUGCAGACUCCUCCUAUUCUUCAUCCUCCAUGUCGGGGUAUCCACCCCCCAAUUACUACUAUCCCGGCAUGCCCAGUUAUGGCAUGAUGCCCCCUCAUGCCACGCCUCCGUACCAGCCACCAUAUGGUGGUUUUGGCUCGCCGUACGGCCCGUAUCCUGGUAGCCCAAUGGCCCAGCGUCAUAACUCCACUAGCUCAAGGUCUACCAACCUUGCUGAUUUCAAUUUCGGGGCCAAUGGAUCUGCAAUGGAAGACGAAUCAGGAGACCUGCUGGGUCGAAUCUCUUCGGCUAUUCCAGAUCUAAAUUUGUUGCUGUCCCGCUACAACGAGACUCGCAGCCAACUUGGUAUUCGCGAGGAACUCAUCCGUAAGUCGGAGGCUGCGCAGGCGGAUGCUGUCAAACGGAAAGAGGACUACAUUGACAGCUUGACCAAACAACUUGAGGAUGUUGCCAAACAACACUCAUCUGAGAGCAACAAGCUCAGACUCCAGAUUGGUGACCUCGAAGAAAAGAAGUCAGAACUAGAGGAGACCAUCGCAGAGGCUGAGAAGAGUAAAAAGGAGUUGGAAGAGGUCAAAGCUGCCUUAGAGGAAGGGAAGACUCUCAUUGAGACUGAAAAGCUAGAGCUUGAAAGGUCUACCACCGAAGAAAAGGAGCGCCUGUUAAAAGAGUUCGAGGAUUGGAAAGAGAAUGCCAACCAGACUUUUGAAUCCGAAAAAAUGGCUCUUGCCGUUGAGUUCGACCGACUGCAGAAAGAGAAAGAAGACGCGACCGAGAGGGAGAAGGCGCAGAUGGUCGAAGAUCACCUCAAGGAAAAGGAAACCAUGCGCAACGAAUUCCAGCGGCAGAAACGAGAAAUGGAGAACAGCUUCGAAAAAGUCCGGAAGGAGUUGGAAUCCAAAUUAAGUGGCGUACAAAGAGACUUCGAGGAAGCCUUAAAGAAAGAGCGCGAGAGCCGUGAGGUUUGGAACGCCGAACGUGAGAGCCUGACAAAAGGCUGGGAGGAUGAACGUGAAACACUCCAGAAAAGUUGGGACGAUCAGCGCGAACUUCUCCACAGUCAAUUCAACAAGGAGAAAGAAGAACUCCGGAAGGAGUGGGAUGCGCGCCAAACAGAGCUCGAGCAGAAGGCGCAAGAUGAUAGGGACGCAAUGGCGGAGGAGAAGGAGAGGAUGAAGAAAGAGUGGGAUGAUGACAAGGCGAGCCUCGAAAAAGUUGUUGGCGAGCUCAAGACAAUUGCUGGCAAUUGGGGACUCGAAAAAGAACGUAUGCAGAAGAUCAUUGAAGGCCUCGGCGACCUUCCAGAGCUCAAGGGCAAGGGAGACGCACAUUAGUAAGUUCAUCUUUUGGUCUCACAACGUACAUGGCAUGCCGUUUCUGGCUUAAUUCUGGCUUCAUUUUUCUUUUCCUUUCUUUUCUUUUCUUUUUUCUUUUUUCUUUUUUGUUUAAUCCUCGUGUAUCGUCAUUUCGUGUCUUUCUUCUCGCGGGCACACCGAUGGCUAGUUGGAAAAAAAGAGAAGAAAAAAUGGACGUAAAGAAACUUGCAUCAUCUUCGGCUUUAGCUGCCAAUAGAAUCCAACUUGGCUUUAUAUACACACGUCUCUGGCUAUUGGUGUGUGAAUUGGAUUGCACUUUCGCUAACUUGUAAUGCUACGCAGUUCCGACGCCUUUUCCCGUCUGCAAAAGCAAGUGUUCGACGUUGCGACAACGCACUACAAGAACCCUCCGACACCUCAAUCGGAUACGACAAAAGAG